UAAGUCAGUCUGAAACUUGUUUGGCUCUUGAUAGUACAUAAAUCUGGUUAUAUCAUAAUGAUAUUUUAAUGUUAAACAUUUGAGAUAUUCUUUAAAUGAAUAUGCAGUGUUUAUUAGUGUUCACCAUUUUGUGUGUUUAUUUAACGAAUGCAACAUUGAAACAGUGCUAUUGGAAUGAUGGUUGCACAUAUAAAUAUUUUUCGAGUAAAACGUCUUACGAUGCAGUUCGUGGGGAUAUCAGAGAUGCAAAAUUAGGAGAUUGUGAACCGGUAAGCAUUUGGCAUAUAAUGCGGCAUGGCCCUCGGAAUCCUGGGCCAGAUUUUGCAAGAAAAAUUAAGACCGCUUUAUCGUACAAAGAUGACAUCAUAAAGAGUUACGAAAAAGGAAAUAGUUCCCUUUGUGCCCAAGAUGUUGACAAUUUAAAAGCUUAUGAAGUACCGGAAGAUAUGUUUAUAUACGUGAGCAAGCUAACAGAAGAAGGAUAUAACGAUAUGUUUCAAAUUGGGAAAAGGAUAGCUCAAACUUUUCCAAAAUUGGUCGAGUCGCUUGAUGAUGGCAGCUAUGAGUUCCGAGCGGUCUAUGGACAUUGGAUUGAAAAAAGUUUAAAAGCUUAUGUUGAAGGAUUGGCUGGUGAUAAAACUGUUAACAUUUCGGAAGUAAACCUUUCCUUCGAUAAUAUAGCACCCUACGCAGCUUGUGGAAUAUACCAAAAAGAAGUUAAGGCAAAUCCGGCAUUGUACGCGGAAGUUGAUUAUUACGAAAAAACUGAUGACUAUUUAGCGGCCAAACACCGGAUAGAGAGGCGAAAUGGUCUAAAUUACGAUUUGUCUGGUGAAAAUAUCACAUCCCUUCACGACUUGUGUCGCUACACUUGGUCCUCUAAAGAAAAGUCCAGUCCAUGGUGUGCAGUCUUCAAUAAAGAAGAUUUGGAAGUACUGGAAUACGUCGGCGAUUUGAGACAUUAUUACCGAAACAGUUACGGACACCCUGUGAAUAAAUUUUACGGUGGACCACCGCUAUGGGAUUUACUGACAACUUUCCAGUUGGCAAAAGAUGGAAAAGGGAAGAAAGUAACAAGUUACCUUUCACAUGCAACCAUGAUGGAUAUGAUAUACACUGCUCUGGGUUUAUACAAAGACGAAUAUCCUUUAAACGGAACUGCGAGAGUUCGGAACCGGAAGUGGCGGAGUAGUUUCCGGUCAGGAUAUUGUGCGAACAUGUUGGUUGUUUUGAACAGAUGCAGUGAAAGAAACUCGACAGAAUUUAAAGUGGCAUUUUAUUUAAAUGAAAAUCCAAUGACCGAACUAUGUGAAGAUGGAAUAUGCACGUGGGAAGAGUUUGAGAAAUUAUUACAACCUUUUAUCGGUUCAAAAAUUGAUUUGAAAUUCUGUAAAUUUAUGAAUACACGUUUUCGUUAAAUAAAGUAUCAAAUCAA